AUAUCUGCAGUGGUAGGAAUACAAUUGUUGUCGUCAGAAAACAAGACACCGUUCUCCCACAGGCACUACAGAGAGAUCUAACCAAACCCAAAUAUAUUCCCUUCUCAAAUAUUUCCCCCUUUCAUUAAAACUGUGAAGAAAACUCACAGCAAAGUAGCCGAAAGAAGAUUCUUGGUUUUUUCCCGGAAAAGGGAAUGCAAAAAGUGCGUGACGGUUGUAUUGCAUUUGUUUGUUGAGAUUUUAAUUCUCCGUAUCUAUCUCCACCCGUGAGUUUUCCAACCGAUUUUCUGCUCAUCAAAGUUGGGUUCUCUCUUCUAUUUGUUCUAUUGGGGUCUCUGGAUUUUCGGCAAUGCGGGUUGUUGCGAGAUUGGGGAUUUUAUGAGCUGCGGUGGCGAUCGGGGAAUUUGAGGGACUCCGAUGAGGCUGCGGCGAUGUGGUGUGUGAGAGAGGAAUGGAGGUUAGAUCUGAGGGUGGACAUGUCCGCUGCGACAAGCUUCCGUCGCCGGUGAUUGCCCGGACGCGGCUGCAGGUGUGGUUCAUAAGAUUGUGCUCAAGCUUGUUUCUUUGGACUUGUUUGGUUCAGUUAGUGGCGGUUGGGGAGCUAUGGCAUCCGCAUUUGCUCUCCAAUAUCAGCAAUCGGAUUUCGCAGAUUACUCUGGCUCCGGCGGGCCCGGGUGUUCUUUCUCCGCCGCCUCUGGUUCCUGCAAGAAAUUAUACAAGUAAUGGCUUUCUUAGAGUGUCGUGCAACGGGGGCUUGAAUCAAAUGCGUGCUGCGAUUUGUGACAUGGUGACUGUUGCUCGGCUUUUAAAUCUCACUUUGGUUGUUCCGGAGCUUGAUAAGACAUCUUUCUGGGCCGAUCCUAGUAAUUUUGAGGAUAUAUUUGAUUUAAGACAUUUCAUUGAUUCAUUGAGAGACGAAGUCCGAAUUGUCAGAAGACUGCCAAAAAACUUCAGUAGGAAAUAUGGGUAUAAACCGCUUGAGAUGCCUCCUGUUAGUUGGUCAAAUGAAAAAUACUAUCUCGAACAGGUUCUGCCACUUGUUAGCAAGCAUAAGGUGUUGCACUUUAAUAGAACAGAUACACGCUUGGCAAACAAUUUGAUACCUCAUGAUCUUCAGAGACUCAGGUGUCGCGUGAAUUUCCAGGCACUGAAGUUCACUCCAAAGAUUGAGUCUUUGGGUUACAAAUUGGUUCGUAUACUUCAAGAAAAGGGACCUUUUGUGACUUUGCAUCUAAGGUACGAGAUGGACAUGCUGGCCUUCUCAGGUUGUACUCAUGGCUGCACAGCUGAAGAAGCCGAGGAGCUCAAACGGUUAAGGUAUGCAUAUCCUUGGUGGAGAGAGAAAGAGAUAGUAUCGGAAGAGAGGAGGUCUCAAGGGUUGUGUCCUCUGACACCAGAGGAAAGUGCAUUAAUCUUGCAAGCAUUGGGUUUUAGCAAAGACACACAGAUCUAUAUAGCAGCUGGUGAGAUUUAUGGCAAGGAUAGGAGACUUGCACCGCUAAGAGCUGCAUUUCCCCGAAUUGUGAAGAAGGAAACUCUUCUCGCACCGGAGGAGUUGCAACAAUUUCAGAAUCAUUCAUCUCAGAUGGCUGCCUUGGAUUUUAUGGUUGCAGUAGCCAGUAAUACUUUCGUCCCUACCUAUGAUGGAAACAUGGCCAAGCUUGUUGAAGGUCACCGUAGGUAUCUUGGUUUUAAAAAAAGCAUCUUGCUAGAUCGCAAAAAACUUGUCGAGUUAUUAGACAUGCAUUUAAAUGGGACACUUUCAUGGCAAGGGUUUGCCCUUGCUGUAAGAUCCGUUCAUGAGAGAAGAAUGGGACAGCCAACUCAGCGAAGAGUUAUCCCAGAUAAGCCAAAGGAGGAAGACUACUUUUAUGCAAAUCCUCAAGAGUGCCUCUGCGUGGGAACGAAUUGUGAUGACUUGCUAACCCCUGGUAACUUAAGUAAACCUAGGUGACUGGAAGUGCAAGCCGUCAAAAGCUGGAAUUAGCUUCCACGGAAUUGUCUUGAGAGUGGUCGACAAUCCAUGUUGCUUUCAUAUUAGUAAGCAUGCAGCAAUGUACACACACAGAUAAGAGUUUUGUAGGAAACGGCAUAAAGAAUGGACUCAAGUUCCCAAUUUGGGCGUCAACAAAGAUACGUGGUAUUCAUUGUUUCCAAUCUUUUAAUCAAUGUCCAUAUAUUUAUUUGUUUUGCUCUGUAUCUGAAAACUUCACAUAAAUUCAGUGCUGGUUAGUUCUAUAAUCUCACAAUUAACCCCAGAUGGGCAAAAAUCUGUAUGUAUUACUAUUAGUCAUGAGAAAUGGCAAUGAUUGGUACGGUUCAUUUCCAGUUACCAAAUUAU